AUGUGGAGACGCAUCGUGGACAAAGACUGCGUCCAUCUGAUGAUCUCCGGAGACAACAUGAAUGGAAAAGUAAUCCCACACACUCCUCUGGCUGUGGACUUCUGGCAGAUCCGUAAAUGUCCUGGGAGUCGCCUGUUCUUCCUGUCCCACAUGCACAGUGACCAUACUGUGGGACUGUCCUCCACAUGGACAAACAAACCCAUCUACUGCUCCCCGGUCACAGCCACUCUGCUUCAGCUCAAGUUAAAGGUGAAAGAGCAGUGGAUUCACCCCCUGGAGCUCGGUGAGCCUCACCUGCUGCCGCUGGACGACAUCAGAAAAGAGACAAUGACUGUGACGUUGAUCGAUGCAAACCACUGUCCCGGAUCUGUCAUGUUUCUAUUUGAAGGAUACUUUGGCUCGAUUCUCUACACUGGUGAUUUUCGCUACACUCCGUCCAUGCUGCGAGAGCCUGGACUGAGAACAAACACAACUAUUGAUGUCCUGUAUCUGGACAACACCAACUGUGACCCUAAUCGCACCCUCCCCUCCAGGAAGACAGCCACUCAGCAAAUCAAAGAGAUCAUCCGCAACCACCCAGACCACAACGUUAUCAUAGGCCUGUACGCGCUGGGUAAGGAGUGUCUCCUGGUGGAGCUGGCCCUGGAGUUCCGGAGUUGGGUUGAAGUGAGUGUGGACCGUAUGGAAACCCUGCGAGCUCUGGAGCUGCCUGACGUCUUCACGACCGAGCGAGGGGCGGGCCGUUUCAGAGUUGUCAACCAAUCGCAGAUCUCUCGCCAUACUGUGCUGCAGUGUAACAACGAACACCCUACUCUCGCCAUUUUACCGACUAGCCGCCCUCUGGUGUCCUUCCACCCGAAUGUCCAUAUAGUGCCGUACUCGGACCACUCCUCCUACCAAGAGCUGGAAGACUUUGUGUCUGCGAUCAAACCCAAGUCUCUAGUGCCAAUCCUGGGCCACUGUGUGCCCGGUGGACUGUCCGUCUUACUACCACACAAAAAGCGACAUGAGUUCUUGGUUCCAGAGUCAGUUCGGAGCUACAUGUCGAGGCAAAGUGAUAACCAGCUCAGCUCGUCUGGAUAUAACUGCUCAGGUCACAAACUCCUGCCUUUGCCACCCAAAGGAGUGAUAUUUGAGUCGCCAGAAAAGGGACCCAUUUUGGUCCGGGAUGGAGAGUGGCAAUCUGAAAGUACCCAGCUCUCUGAGGAAGAAGACAUGGAUAUGGAUAUGGACAUCAGUGAUAAAGACUCUCUUCCACUUGACUUUGAUUACGAAAACAAACGGCAAGUUGCGGACCUGUGGAGCCUAAACAUAGUUCAAACUGUGUCAGAGGAGGUGGCGAUGUCGGAGUCUAUGCCAUUCACUCAGUUCAGCCAAGGAAAUUAUGACGCAAUGGAGAUUCUUACCAACCCCAAGGGCUGCCUGACGCUAAGCAACAACACUGAGAAAACUUGUGAAACUCAGAGCAAAAUGGUCAAUAAGGAAAUGGGCAGAGAUCAGCAGUAUGGAGAUGGGAUUGAUGACAGCAGCUGCACUUGGGACAGUGAGAGCACCAGUCAGCAAAUCGACAAUGACAUAAUGUCUGGAGACGCAAGCCCAAAAAAUGGCUGCCAAGUCACCACCUGUCUGUUCCAUGGCAGCUGUUGCGGCCGCUGGGAAUGA